GUCUUCAAUUUUGAAAAAAGUUGACUAGACUAAAACAUUAAUUUUAAUUUAUUUGUUAACAUAACAUAUAAGAUUAACUGUAUCAUCCUAACAUAAAGUACAAAACAAUCUAUCGCUAGAACUCCAAUACAAAAUAAAAUUUUUACAAACAAUCUUAAAUAUUUGUUCGUCAGUGAUCACCAGCCCAAAUAUCAGAUAUAAUCUGAUUUGCAGGUCUCGGGUUGCCAGAGAGGACAGCGAAAGGAGCUUGCAAACCUAGAGUGAAAUGCAUGUCUAAUAUGCUUGAAGUCCAUUCAAAAUGUCGAUUCUAAUAAUAGUGAAGUUAAAUUAUAAAUAACAAGAUUAUGUCGUGAAGAGUAAUAAUAUUUAUAAAUACUUAAAUGUUUUACGAGAUAAAAUUUGUCAAUAAUAUUAAAUUUAAAUAUUAAUAAUAAUUUAAUAGAUCAACAUAUAAUAUACAAACUAUUAUUAAAAAAAUACCUUGAAUUUAUUACAAUUUCCACACAAAAAAAUUUCCACCCAAGACACCAACACACCAACACAAAGUAACCACUAAAUUUUUUUUACCCACGAUGUUGUGCUGGGGAAAAUGGGACCAUUGGAUUUUAUAAAGAGAGAUUUUAUAAAGAGAGAAAGCAGGAAGAAAGAGAAAAAUAAAAGCUGAUUUGGUUGUACCGAAAUGUGUCCGAUUAGUCACGUCGACAACAGACAUGAAGCCGGUGUAAGUAGAAAAAGGAGAUGAUGAAGGCUAAAGUAAGUAGCUUCUAGGCAUACUUGGCAAAGAAGGGUAUCUACUAUACAGACCUGACAACAGCAGAUGGCUUCCAACAGAAACGGAUUAUGACAUUGAGCAAAGAGAUGGAUGAGGAAAAGAUAAAAAAGGCAUGGCAAUGAAUUUUCUAAUUUUAAUAACAAGCACAUGCUAUGAUGGCACUGAACCAAGAGAUGAAAAUAACAAUGGCAGUACUAGGAAUUAAAAAAAGAAGAAGGUAAUAACCAUAAAAAUCAAAAAAUAAAAUAAUUAUCACCAAAUGGAAAAUCUUCACAUAAUUCAUGGGUUAAAAAGGAAAGGUAAAUAUCAUCCCAUGUGCUUGCCAAUAGGUGGGUUAAUAUUAGAAAACAUAGGAAAAGAGUACCAGCAAGCAAAUGCAGACAAGAAACACACAAAAAGGAUGUUGGAAGUCGGUGAUAAAGUGUACCGGAAACACCAAUCGUACAACCGAAGGUCGGUUGCCCUAAGGAAAAACCUAAAGCUAGCAGCCAGGUUAUUACAGAUCCUACCUUGUUGAAGACAAAAUCGGGUCAAUAGCGUAUAAACUUAAACUUCCAGAGAUCCACCCUGUCUUUCACAUCAGUCUAUUCAUUGGAAAGGGAAAUUGGAGAGAAAAGGGAGUAACUUGCACAGACUUACUGGAAAGGGGAACCGACGGACAACCCAAGAUUUAUCUUGCCUUGCUACCAGAUACUCAAAUCGUGAAAUGUCACAAUUGAGCCAUCACAGAGCUACUGAUCCAUUGGGCAAAUUUGGGACCAAAAGAAGCCACAUGGGAGGAUUUUCGGUUCUAUAGGCUCAAUUGGAGAGAAGGGAGUAACUUUCAGAGACUUACUGGAAAUGGGAACUGACGGACAACCCAAAAUUUACCUUGCCUUGGUACCAGAUACUCGUGAAAUAUCACAAUUGAGCCAUCAUGCAACUAUUGAUCCAGUGGGCAAAUUUGGGACCAAAAGAAGCAACAUGGGAGGAUUUUGCUCAAUUUUCGGAUUUUGAUCCUUGGGGUUAAAAAUCCUCUUUUAAGGGGAGGGUAUAGUUAUCCACUCAACAAAAUUGGGGGAAUUGGGAGAAAUAAAACCUAAUUUUGACCUAGACCCUAAAUUGAUUUAGCAGACUCAAAUGAGAAAAAGGCUAAAAGAAAUUGGACCAAAGAAGACUAAUUUUGACCUAGACCCUAAAUUGAUUUAGCAGACUCAAAUGAGAAAAAGGCUAAAAGAAAUUGGACCAAAGAAGACUAACGAUGCCCAAUAUUAGGGGUAAUGUGUUAUUAUCUAAUUAAAAGCCCAAUAUUAGGUUAAAAAGCCCAUACAACCGUGCCCUAGUUUCCUUUCUUCUUUUCUUUCCCGCGACAUCUUCUUCUGUUUUCCUUUUUUGUUUUCCCUCUCGUAGCUUUGUUUGUUUUUCUCUUUUCCAGUGCUUUUCAUCUGAUCGGCCGCCGCCGCCACCACCACUUCUUCUUCUUCUUCUUCAAAAGCCAAUAGCAGUAUCAGAAGGACUGGACACGUAUCGGGUCGAAUUUUUCUUAUAUGUUUGAAAGAUCCUCCCUCGUAUUUAUGUUUAAAAACGUAUCACAAAACCUUGAGUUGUUUCUUUAAGACCUAUAGAGCAAAAAUGAAGAAACUUAAGGGUAGAUUAGAAGAACCCAAGAGAAAUAAACGAAAGCUAGACAAAAGGUUGACAUUAUCAUUAACCAAGCCUUCUCAUCUUCUAACACUGAAAUACGCCCAUAUUCGCUGGGAAAAUCGGCAAAGACUUUGUUAUCUUUUGGAAAGACUUGUAAAGAAACAUAAUUGGGCUGAGGCUAGUGGAGUAUUAAGCUUGUUGCUUAAGGGUACUUCCCGUGAUUUUUCUGCUGAUUUGAAUCGCCUCAAGUACUCGGUUGCAAUCAGGCUUCUUAAGUACAUAGAUGGGGAUAAUGUUGACAUUAGAAGGAUCAGGGACAUCUAUGAGAUUUGGAUGAGCAGGAUCAGGUUCAAGACUGUGAAAACAGAGGAGCAAAUUGCAGUUCAUUUGGAGUUCAUUUUAUUCUGCCUUACACAUGGAAAUCUUGGCUGGGCUCAUCAAGCCACUUUAAGCUUGAUGAAAGAACAAAACUUUAGCUGUCACCCAAUGGCAAACCUGGUCAUGGGCUUGACAUUCUGUCAGCUUUGGUAUUCCAAUCUCACUGAAGAGGUUAAACUGAGAAAUUCAGAUCAGGAUUACCUCCCUCAGCAAUCAGACGAUUCAGGAUCAAAUAUGGGCAACGAAAUUGUUUACUCAGAGGGAAAUUAUGCAGCUUAUACUCAUGAUGCUGUUUCUUCUCAAUGUGGUUCAGAGACAUCUGUCAUGAAUGAUAAAAGAGAAAGUCUGGUGGCUGGUAGCAACCAACAAAGAGUCGUUCAUGUGCAGAACAAUGAUAACUUGCAGAGAGCUGCACCUCUCGUACAAGAGAUUGAGCCAUUAGGCUCCAAUCAAAACUCUGCUGAAAAUGAAGUUGGUUUCUAUGAUGAUAGUGGCUAUACAUGUGAUCCUUCAGUCUUCUCUGCCUUAGAGGGUUUAGAGUCAUGGUUGAUGCCUUUAAAGUUGCCAUAUUCUAGUGAGAACUUUGUCUAUUUGCAUAGGCAAAUGGUUAAUAAUCAUUAUAAAGAUGCUCUGAAGCAUCUACGGCUUGCUCUUCACUGUGAACCCCCUUUGUCUGCAGCCUUACUUCCUUUGAUACAGUUAUUGCUGAUUGGAGGUCAAGCGAAAGAGGCACUAAGUGAAGUCGAAAAGUUCUGUAACAUUUCGAACAUGCCUUUUCCCUUUAGAUUAAGGGCAAGUCUUCUAGAGUACUUUUAUUCUAAUGACUCUGUCGCGCUCUGUAAUUGUUUUGAGGAGGUUUUGAAGAGGGAUCCGACAUGCUGCCACUCAUUGGCAAGGCUUGUCAGCAUGCAUCAAAAAGGUGAUUAUAGUCUGGAAUCCCUUGUGGAGAUGAUUGCUUUGCAUGUGGAAGCUACAUUUCCAGAGUCCGAAACGUGGAGGGAGUUUGCUUCAUGCUUCCUCAAACUAUAUGAAUACGAAGAGGAUCGACUGUCUGUAUGUCUCGUUGGGAAUGAAGGUGAACAAAAAGCAAAUCGCUCUAUUUAUUACAGAAGGAUUCCAAGCAUAUUUACCGAGGUAAAUUCAAGAAGAGCUUGGAGAUUACGCUGCAGAUGUUGGUUAAAACGACAUUUUGGCAAGCGGAUGCUUGCCUCUGAAAUCGCUUCAGGGAUGUUGGAGCCUGUAACAUACAAAGCAGCUUGUGCAGCCCAUCUGUAUGGUGAAGAAUGUCAUUAUGUUGUAAAGGUUUAUACUCAUUUAAGGGAACACAAUGAGAAGGAUCUAUGCAAAUUCUUAAAACUACAUAUGAUGAAUUCCAUCAGACUAAAUGUGAGAUUUCAAGAAAAAUAAAAUUUAAUUUGGUUCAUUUUA